AUGCUGUGCCAAGACCUGUCUGCCAAACUCCUGGACCCCAAAAAGGUCUAUAAGAAGCGCACUAUUCGUAGCAGCCUCCUCGGCCUCGUCGCGGCCGAGGAUGGCCUUGCGGGAUGGCUCCGCUAUGCACCUAUUGACGAAUCCGUGAUUGGAGACUACGCCGCUCCGACCAAUAUCGUCCUGCUCAACGCCACGGACGGCAGCCCCAUUGCCUCUGCCGGCGCCGAGCUCGAAGCUGGAUUAAGCGGUGUGCUUGGCGCGGCCGCCAAGAUCUCCGAAGAAGCGGCGUGCGACGCUGCCUCCUCCGUCAUUGUGGGCACCGCCGAGGCUUUUGGCGCCGCAUGUGGUGAUCUACCCGAGGGUGCCGCUGACCUCGUCGAGGACGGGUUCUGGCUGAGCACGGAGGCGGGCGAGGGCGCGGGUGUCCAGAUCAUCGGCCAAAACGAGCGGGGUGCCCUUUACGGAGCGUUCGAGUAUCUUUCCAUGAUUGCCCAGGGGAACUUUACCAAGCUCUCGUAUGCCACGAACCCAGCUACCAACAUCCGGUGGAUUAAUCACUGGGAUAACCUCAAUGCCGGGGGCAACCACGGGAGCGUGGAGCGUGGGUACGCGGGUCCGUCUCUCUUCUUCGCCAACAACGGCGUCGUCUCGGACCAGGCGCGCAUCAAGGAGUACGCCCGCCUCUUGGCGUCUAUUCGCAUCAACGCCAUUGUAAUCAACAACGUCAACGCCGACGCUGGCGUCAUCUCCGAUAGGAACCUCGACGCCAUCGCCAAGAUUGCCGACACGUUCCGCACCUACGGCGUGCGUCUGGGACUGUCUCUCAACUUUGCUUCUCCCCAGUCCGCGGGCGGCCUCAGCACGUUUGAUCCUCUCAACGACUCCGUCAUCAGCUGGUGGACGCGCAAGACCGAGGAUAUUUAUAAGCGCAUCCCAGACUUUGCUGGAUACCUCGUCAAGGCCAACUCGGAGGGCCAGCCUGGUCCGCUCACGUACCAGCGCACGCUUGCGGACGGAGCCAACAUGUUUGCUCGCGCCCUGAAGCCGUUUGGCGGCGUCAUCAUGUUCCGCGCCUUUGUCUACAACCAGCUCGACUAUAACAACAAAAAGGCGGACCGCGCCAACGCCGCCGUGGAAUUCUUCAAGAGUCUCAACGGCAAGUUUGAGGACAAUGUCGUCGUGCAGAUCAAGUACGGCCCCAUCGACUUCCAGGUCCGCGAGCCUGCCAGCCCGCUGUUUGCCAAUCUGCCUACGACGAACAUGGCCAUUGAGCUGCAGAUUACGCAAGAGUAUUUAGGCCAGCAAGCCCAUCUUUUCUACUUGGCGCCGCUUUGGAGGGAAAUCCUCGACUUCGAUACGAGGUGGGAGGGCGAAGAGCUGCCCGUGCGAGACAUCUUGACUGGCAAGCGUCCUGGCGGCAAGACCCAGGCAAUCGGCGGAUUCGCGGCUGUUUCCAACGUUGGCCAGGAAAAGUCUUGGCUUGGUAGCCAUCUCGCCAUGUCGAAUCUCUAUUCCUACGGCCGCCUUGCCUGGAACCCCUGGGAUGACCCUGUUGUCAUGCUUGAGGACUGGACCCGCCUUACCUUUGGUUUGGACGACCAGAACUACACGGGAAAUCUUGGUGUCCAGACCUUGACCGACAUCACCGGCAAUCACUAUGGCCCGAACCCCUCCUCUCAGGACAACAAUGGAUGGGGCCAGUGGACUCGUGCCGACCGCAACGGAAUCGGGAUGGAUCGAACCGUGGCGACGGGUACCGGUAACGCGGGGCAAUACCCCCGAGUCGAAACUACUCCCGAGAACUUGAUUCUAUGGUUCCACCACCUGCCAUGGACGCACGAGCUCUCGACGGGCAAGACCGUGAUCCAGCACUUCUACGACGCGCAUUAUGCUGGCGCGGAGACCGCCCAGACCUUCCCGCUUCUGUGGCGCACGCUCGAGGGCAAGAUUGACGACGAGCGGUACGAGGCUCAGCUCUACCGCCUCGAGUACCAAGCGGGUCAUUCCGUGGUAUGGCGUGACUUCAUCUGCCGCUUUUACAACAAGAUGUCCGGCGUAGCCGACGCCCUCGACCGCGUCAACAACCACGUGUGGAGGAUCGAGGCCGAAAGCAUGACCCUCAGCGGCUACUCCCGCGCCAACGCCAACCCCGGCGAGGCGGCCUCGGGCUCCGUCGUCACGGCGGGCGGGGGUGGUGGCACGGCGUCUGCCCAGAUCGCCUUCGAUUCGGGCGUCUACGAUAUCGCCGUCGGCUACUUCGACGUCAGCAACGGCAAGGCAUCGUGGACUUUGUCGAUUGAUGACACUGUCAUUGGCGAGUGGCAGGGCGACGUCGAGAGCCGGAUAUCCAAGGCCACGUCAAACGGGUUGGAUGGCCACUCAGCGGCGAGGGUCACGUUUAGGGGGUGA